AUGAAGGAGUCGACAAUUGCGCUCCAGGCCAUUCUGCAGGCCUGCCUCUUCUCCAUCACCUCCGCAUCCCCCGCACCGACUCCGUACCCCAACAAGAAUGCCGUCGCCCCGCAAGACCCGGUCAUCACAGCCACCCCAGUCGCGCGUCAACCUUCUCCGAUCGUCGGCAGAGGCCUUCUAGACGACGUUGACUCCUAUAUCGACACCGUGCUUUCGGGGCUUGGGACAGAUCUUCCUUCGUGGGUUGCAUCAGGCGUGCCCGAAUUCUUCCAGGGAUUCCCAACUGGAGAUGCAGUUGCCAGUUCACUCGGCCUGGACAGCACAGACUUGGCAGCAUUGCCGACCAAUGUGCUUAACAUUGACCCUUAUGCGAAUUGGACCAACUCAGGCUGGAACGUUCGCUUCCACGGAAAUGUUUACAAGCAGCCAAACACCUCCGUCUCAGACUUGAACAAGUUAGCCGACGUCUUCCUCGUCAACACAAGCAUCUCGGAUCUUCCUGAAUCCCAGCAGGACCAGGCACGGAACCUGACUGCCGAGAUCUUUGUUGUUCAGCAACCUGAAGUGGCCGUGAACACGAUUCACCUAGAGCCUGCCCCGAGCCAGGGAUCCAGUGGACAACCUGGUGGUGGUGGGUCAUCGAACACAACGGGUGGCACACAAGACAUCACUCUGCCGUACAAUACCACGGUCGAAGGUGAUUUCGACGUCUUUAUGCCAAUUGAUAGCAAUGGCCUCACUGCCGGAAAUGAGACCUCGGAAAUCCAAAGGCUUAACACCUACGUUGGCGGUGCAACUAUCGGCAACAGUACCGCCUACCUGGUGCCUCCGACUGGAAUCACCAUCGUCUCUGAUAUUGAUGAUAUUCUUCGUGUCACAAAGAUCUAUGAACCUGAGCAAGGAUUGCUCAAUUCAUUUGCCCGUCCAUUCACUGCCUGGGAGAACAUGCCAGACAUUUACCGCAACUGGUCCAUCAGUGUCCCCAACAUGCACUUCCACUACUUGACUACCACCCCCGAGCAGAUUACCAGAAACUAUAUGCAGUUCAUCUACACCAACUACCCGGGAGGUUCUUUCGACACUCGCCCAUUGAACUUCAGCGACGUCUCCGCUACCCUGUCGAUCCGCAAGUUCCUACUACAAAAGGUUUUCGAAACCUUCCCGGAGCGCAAGUUCAUUCUGAUUGCAGACACGAGCAACAGCGAUGUCAUGAAGGACUACCCAGAAAUGGCCACCGAGUUCCCUGGACAAGUCCAAUGCAUCUGGCUCCGCAAUACCUCCGCCACUGACUCGGGCGACAAGUUCCCAUAUGACACAUCCGGCUUCAAAAGCUUGAACCAGUCAAACUAUAUGUUCUUCUUGAACCCCGAUGACCUGACCAACUUGGACGUUGCGAAUGGAGAGUGCUACAAUACCUCCAUUGCGCAGAACUUGACCUUCGGUUAUCAGGGACUUCCAUAUGGAUUGGGAGCUACUCCCACCUCGGUCAAUGGCUCGGCAAAUCACACUGGGGCCGGGAUUGCAUUGACACCGAUGGGAUCAGGUGGUGCGCAAAGUUUGAUCGCAUUGGUCGCAGCGAUAUUUGCGGCCACUUUCAUGUUCUUUUGA